AUAAAGGACACUCUGGAGCCCCAGUUCUUCCCACUUGCUGCUCUUGUCCUCAGCCUGGCAUCUACAGUGACAGUCUCACUGUCGGGUUGUCCAGUUGUUGCUGAGAUGGCAAUCACCCAACUCGACCUUCGAAUACCCGGCACUCACUCUGCACCUUACUCCGGUCUCUCCGGUUCACCGCUGUCACAGGUCAACAUUUUAGAAAUGCCACAUGGCUUUAGUGUUUCUACACCCAUUCUCGGCCUCAGG